CGUCCCCACGAUGCCCCAAGCCUCGGAGCACCGCGUCGGCCGGGCCAGGGACCAUGCCGUCAUCACCUCCCAGCCCAAGGCUGCUGCCAAGCUGCCCAGCGGGCACCGGGCCCUGAGUCAGGAGCGCCAUGCCGCCGCCCUGGCCUCCACCACCGCCGCCAAUGGGCUCUCCCCAGCCCCCAAGCUUCGCCUCCUGCCGCCCCGGCCCGGCCCACUGGAUGACCGCGGCAAGAAGCUGGAGCUGGACCGGGGUCGGGCCUCGAAACGGGGGGAGGGUCUCCGUGGCUCGGUGUGCCGUCGGGGGCCCAUGAAGGCGGACCAUGCGGUGCGAGUGCCCAGCUCUCCGCAGGCGGGCGCUGUGCCGGGCAGCGCCUCCUUCUCCCUGCCUACUGGGGCCUCGCUGGCGGGGCGUGAGGCGGAGCGCCGGCGGAGCAACCUGGCCCGCUCCAAAUCCAUCAGCAUCGGGGACCUGAGCCAGGGCGGCAGUGGUGGCCGCGCAGAGGAUGUGGCAGCAGUGCUGAGCCGGCUGGUGCUGAGGGACUGUGGCCACCAGCUGAGCGCCGGCUCACUGGCGCUCAGGAGGAGCUCCUCUCUCCGGAGGGUCAACGUCUCCCCAGGGCUGGACGGGAAGCCCGCCGCCCCGCUGCUCUCCGUCCGGCCCGAGGGCUGCCCAAGGACUCGUACUGCCCCCGACCCCCCGUACGCCCAUAGCCCCAGCGUUCCGACACCCAGCAGCCCUGCCCCGGGCAGAGCCCCACCACCCGGCAGGACCGAGGAGAAGGCGGCAGCCACCCAUCACACUCUGCUGCUGGGCUCGGGCCACGUCGGCCUCAGGAACCUGGGCAACACGUGCUUCAUGAAUGCCGUGCUGCAGUGCCUGAGCAGCACCAAGCCACUGCGGGACUACUGCCUGCGCCGGGACUUCCAGCAGGAGCAGCCCCCCGGCCCCCGCGCCCCCCAGGAGCUCACCGAAGCCUUCGCCGAUGUUAUCGCCGCCCUCUGGCACCCCGACUCCUCUGAGGCUGUCAACCCCGGGCGCUUCAAGGCCGUCUUUCAGAAAUACGUUCCCUCCUUCACUGGAUACAGCCAGCAGGAUGCGCAGGAGUUCCUCAAGUUCUUCAUGGACCGGCUGCAUGUGGAGAUCAACCGCAAGGGCCGCAGGACCCCCAGCAUCCUUUCAGACGCUCGGCGGACCCCCGCACUGGAGGACCUCGAGACGCUGAGCGAUGACGAACGCGCCAAUCAGAUGUGGAAGCGAUACCUGGAAAGGGAGGACAGCAAGAUUGUGGACCUCUUCGUGGGGCAGCUGAAGAGUUGCCUGAAGUGCCAGGCGUGCGGCUACCGCUCCACCACCUUUGAGGUCUUCUGCGAUCUCUCCCUGCCCAUCCCAAAGAAGAGCUUUGCUGGUGGGAAGGUCUCGCUCCACGACUGCUUCAGCCUCUUCACCAAGGAGGAGGAGCUGGACUCAGAGAACGCCCCGGUCUGCGACAAGUGCAGGCAGCGGACGCGGAGCACGAAGAAGCUGACCAUCCAGCGCUUCCCCCGCAUCCUGGUGCUCCACCUGAAUCGGUUCUCCACCACCCGCUACUCCAUCAAGAAGUGCUCCGUCUUCGUGGACUUUCCCCUGCAGCAGCUCAACCUGCGGGAGUUUGCCAGCGAGAAGGCGGGCAGCCCCGUCUACAGCCUCUACGCCCUCUGCAACCACUCGGGCAGUGUCCACUAUGGCCACUACACCGCCUUCUGCCGGGACCCAGCUGGCUGGCGCGUCUACAACGACUCCCGCGUCUCGCCCAUCAGCGAGAACCAGGUGCCGUCCAGCGAGGGCUACGUCCUCUUCUACGAGCUGGAGGAGCCCCCCGGCAGGAGGCCCUGA